GGGCGGGACUUUCUCCAGGAAGUGAGCGGCUCGGUCUGAAAGAUGGACGACGACUUGGAGCUGGACGAGGAAGUCUGCAAGGGGGUAGUAGCAAAGAUGGGCCGACGAGCUCACCAGGAUUUCGCCCCAGAGGAAAACCAUCUUAGCCUGACCAACUCUCCAGCUUUGCAGCAUUCGCCAGUGAAACCGGAAAAAAUGCGGCAAAAAGUAUGGUAUGGCUCGGUUGGCGUCAGCGCUUCCAAGUCAAAAAAGAGACCCACAGAACAAGAAGUGGAAGACCAUCGCCUGAGACAGCAGAGCUUAGAGGCAGAGGAUGAUGAAGAAGAUAUCCCAGUGAUUCCUGACUUGGAGGAGGUACAAGAGGAAGACUUUGCCAUGCAGGUUGCAGCCCCACCCAGCGUUCAGGUGAACAGAGUGCUGACCUACCGUGACCUAGACAAUGACCUCAUGAAGUAUGCUGCUUUCCAAACUUUGGAUGGAGAGGUUGACCUGAAGUUGCUCAGUAAGGUUCUAGCUCCAGAACAGGAUGUACGAGAGGAUGAUAUCAGCUGGGACUGGAAUCAUCUCUACACAGAGGUGGCCUCGGAGCUUCUGAGCGAGUGGGACUUGGGGCAGGCUGAAAAGGAGGAGACCCUCGCUCCAGUUAAGAACACUUGAGCCUUGGCUGUUGAGAUCUGACAGUCAGGAGUGCCUCCUUUGCUAACCAGGCACAGCUGCCAACCACACCGGCACAACUAUGGAUUACUAAUGCAUUAUAUUUUGAACCCAUGCUUUGUAUCUGAGGAAUCAUUUUAAUAAAUAAACUUGUUUAAUAGCAA